AUGUCCCUGGCUGCUUAUUGUGUCGCCUGUUGUAGAAGAAUGGGAACCUCAGCAACUCCUCCUCCAAAGAGCAACACGUACUGGAAAGAUAUCAGAAACAUAAUAAAGUUUACCGGAUCACUCAUUUUAGGAAGUUCUCUAUGUCUUACAUAUGAACUUCUGGCCCUAAAGAAGUCUUUGACAUUAGAUACUCAAGUGGUAGAAAGAGAAAAAAUGAAGUCAUAUAUAUGUAUGCAUACAGUUCUAGAUAAAAGAGAAAAUUAUGGACUCCUUUACCAAGCGCGAAAAGAGCUUCACAAAACAGUAAGAAGAAUAUUAGCAACCUCAGCCAAGAUACUGCAGGGUCCAUUUGCUGACACCUUUAGCACAGUUGACAUAGAAGAUCAUGAAUGUGACGCGUGGCUGCUCCUGAAGAAGAGCAGGUCAGGCGACAGGACGGCCCGGUUGCAGGCUGUGCAGGCCAUGUCGGAGGCCCACCACUGGCAUGAUUACCAGUAUAGGACAAUUGCUCAAGCCUGCGAUCUGAGAACUCGUAUUGGUUUGGCACGAAGCCAAGAGAGUGAUCUUCGCUUUUUUCUCCCUCCACCUCCUCUACCAGCUUUAAAUGAAGACACUUCCAUUGAAGAAGAGCUCAGACACUUGCUGGCCUCUUUACCUCAGACGGAGCUGGAUGAGUGCAUCCAGUAUUUUACAUCUUUGGCUCUGAGUGAAAGCAGUCAGAGUCUGGCAGCUCAGAAGGGUGGCUUGUGGUGUUUUGGAGGAAAUGGACUUCCUUAUGCUGAGAGCUUCGGAGAAGUUCCCUCAGUGACAGUGGAAAUGUUCUGUUUAGAAGCUUUAGUAAAGCAUUCUGAGAUACCCACACACUGUGAUAAAAUUGAAGCAAACGGAGGCUUGCAACUACUUCAGAAGCUGUACCAACUCCACAAGGACUGCCUGAAAGUACAGAGACAUAUCAUACGUAUCAUUGGGAAUAUGGCUUUGAAUGAACAUCUUCAUUCAACUAUAGUUCACUCAGGCUGGGUUUCCUUACUGGCAGAAGCACUGAAGUCUCACCACAUUGUGGAGGCCUCACAUGCCGCCAGAACCCUGGCUAACCUAGACCGAGAGACGGUGCCGGAGAAGUACCAGGAUGGCGUGUACGUGCUUCACCCCCAGUGCCGCACGAGUCAGCCCAUUAAAGCAGAUGUCCUUUUUAUUCACGGCCUUAUGGGAGCAGCAUUCAAGACGUGGCGUCAGCAGGACCAGGCGCUCACUGAAAAGGUUUCAGGGGAUGAAACCAGAUAUACGACGUGUUGGCCCAAGACAUGGUUAGCAAGAGACUGUCCCGCUCUCCGGAUUAUAUCUGUGGAGUACGACACCAGCCUCAGCGACUGGAGAGCGAGGUGCCCGACAGAAAGAAAGACCAUUGCAUUCAGGAGCAAUGAACUUCUCCAGAAACUCCGAGCUGCUGGUGUUGGGGACAGGCCGGUGGUGUGGGUGUCACACAGCAUGGGGGGCCUUCUUGUCAAGAAGAUGCUGCUGGAAGCAUCUCAGAACCCAGAGAUGAGCACGGUGAUAGACAACACCCGCGGGAUCAUCUUCUACAGCGUGCCUCACCACGGCUCCCACCUGGCCGACUACUCCGUGAACGUCCGCUACCUGCUCUUCCCCUCGCUGGAAGUCAAGGAGCUCAGCAAGGAUUGUCCUGCGCUUAAGGCACUACAGGAUGACUUUCUGAAGUUUGCUAAAGACAGAAACUUCCAGGUGCUGAGUUUCGUGGAGACACUACCAACGUCCAUUGGGAGCAUGCUCAAGCUCCACGUGGUGCCUGUGGACUCAGCAGAUUUAGGCAUUGGAGAUCUAAUUCCUGUGGACGUGAACCAUCUGAACAUUUGUAAGCCAAAGAAAAAGGAUGCUUUUUUGUACCAACGUACCUUACAGUUCAUCCGGGAAGCUUUAGCCAAAGACCUUGAAAACUGA